AAAUUAAAAUUGAUUAAAGCCCUAGCAGCUACUGUAAUUUGCUAAACCCCUUUGAAAAAUUGAAUUCCAAGUCUCUAACAGAGCAGAAAGCCCAACUUUGAGUUGAAAAUGGUGGAAUCUGAAGCGAACAAAGAGAUAUCUUUAAAAGAACAAGGGAAUGCGUUCUUUAAAGCUGGUAAUUACUUAAAGGCUGCUGCUUUGUACACUCAGGCUAUCAAGAAAGACCCUUCUAAUGCAACCCUUUACAGCAACCGUGCUGCUGCAUUUUUGCAUCUAGUUAAGCUCCAAAAAGCACUUGCUGAUGCUGAGACAACAAUCUCUUUAAACCCCAACUGGGAGAAGGGAUAUUUCAGAAAAGGGUGUGUGUUAGAGGCAAUGGAACGAUAUGAUGAGGCUUCAGCUGCUUUUAAUAAAGCACUGGACUACAAUCCACAAAGUUCAGAGGUGUCAAAGAAAAUUAAGAAGCUUUCGCAAUUGGCUAAAGAGAAACAGCGAGCUGAUGAAGUGCAAAACUUGAGGUCCAACAUAGAUAUGGGGAAACACAUUGAUGUCUUUAAGUCAGAACUGUCUGCUAAGUACAAAGACGAAGAAAGCUGCAAGGAAACUUUCUCUUUUCUUGUUGAAACAAUGGAGGCAGCUGUAAAAUCAUGGCAUGAAACAUCUAAGGUGGAUGGGAGAGUUUAUUUUCUUCUCGACAAGGAGAAGACAGAUACUGAAAAAUAUGCCCCAGUUGUUAAUAUUGACAAGGCUUUUGAAUCGCCCGAGACACAUGGGACUUGUUUAUCAUUUCUCAGGCAGUAUGCAGUGGAUUCUUUCUCACGAGCAGCAUGCUUGAUAGCACCUAAAAGUAUAAUAUCUUACCCUCAGGUAUGGAAAGGUCAGGGAUCAAGGAAAUGGAAGCAUGGUCAAAGUGAUGGAUUCUUUGUACAAUUUGAAUCACCGUUGGUGAGAAAAUUAUGGUUUAUACCCAGCUCCAAUGAGAAAGGACAAGUAUUGUGCAGGGAUCCAGUAACUCUAGACAUUAGUGUUCAUGAAGUGUUUCCUCGUAUAUUCAAGGAUGCAUGACCCUACUUGUGCUGGUAUGUUUGCUUGGCUCGGUAAAUCAGAGAUUGCUGUUGGGCUAAUAGAGUGGGAGAAAUAGGCCACAAGAGCAAUACUUUCUGUACAAGUCUUAGACUCCUGUAUUUUCAUGCAAAUCACAUGGAAGAAAGUGCUUCUCGAGGUCAAGCUUGAACUUAUGUUGAAAGAAAAAAAAAAAAUCAUUUUGGGUUGAUUUCUGUACUUUUUGUCGAGACUUAUAUUGCAUAGUGAAAAUUUUGUAGUAUUGUUCUUUCAUAUGGUACUGUUAAAGAUUGUCGAUAAACAUGUGGUUGGUUAAGAUUUUGAACCUCUUUAUGCAUCCCAACAUGAUUGCUUGUUGAUUUUAUUUA